AUGGAUAGCGAUGAGUAUAAAAAAGAAGUUGAAGCAAAUGUAAAGGCAGAAAAACUUUUACAGUUGCAAAACCAAACCGUACAGUAUGAAAACUUAGCACAAGAAAGUAAAAAUAACGACGCAGCCAUGCAAAAGGCAAUGAAAAGCGCAGAAUAUAUAAAAGCUAAUAAUGACUGGUUAGAUGCCCAAGCCAACGCUAAAGCAGCCCAACUUAUAGGGUCAAUAAGGACAAAAAUACAAGCGGAUGAAGACAGUUCAAAUGAAGCUUUAAUGAAUGCUGACUUUAAGAACGCCUUCGAAGCUCUUCAUAGUAAGGUGAAACUAGUGAACGACUUCUCAUCUGGAAAGAAACUGAAGUCUGAAGGUUUCGACAACGAGUUAAGAGAAGUAGCACAAAAUAUGACGAAAAUAACAGAUGCAGCAACGAGACAGGCAGUUCAAAGUGCCUAUGACGCCGUUAGAGCAACUGUUGUGGAAAGUCAAGAAAAAGAGUUACAACAGACCAAAACAGACCUAGUAAAUGCUUUCUUAAAAACGAAAAGUCAGGUAGGACAUUAUGCUGCAGAUGGAACAUAUGUGCCAGCUGGUGGAACUUAUAUACCACCAAACCCUCCAAGAGAAGCACCUGCACCAGGACUACCUAAAACAUUUACAUCGUCACAUGGACACAGACACAGGCAUGCACCAAAACAACAACCAACAGUUCAAAAUCCAGCACAACAACCAACAGUUCAAAACCCUGCACAGCAACCAACAGUUCAAAACCCUGCACAACAACCAACAGUUCAAAACCCUGCACCACAACCAACAGUUCAAAACACUGCACAGCAACAACCACAAACAGAGCAAGGACAUAAAAGAAGUAGAGAACAAGGAAACCAAGAAUUCUUAAAAAUGCUUAAGGAAGACUAUGGUUACCCAGAUACUCUUGACUUUAGUGACAGAUAUAAAGAAGCUAUUAGAAAGUUCAAGGAAGGAAAUACUGACCCGAACCUAUUUAGCUUUAUGGUUCAGCACCAAAUGGGAUAUAAUUUCAAACCUGGAAAAUACAAGCUCGCU